UAAGAAAAACGGGUCCAAGGCUCAGCACAAAAGGAUCUUGUCUUUCAGGUCCUUUCGCGCUCGCACUACGAAGGAUGCCUCUGGAGGUGGUGGUGGAGUUGCAGAUUCGGGCGAUUUCUUGCCCAGGAGUGUUCUUGCCUGACAAGCAAAGUGUGUACCUCGGAGUCUACCUCCUGAACCAGUACCUGGAGACUGAUUGCUUUCCCUCCGCGUUCCCUAUUGUGAUUCAUCAGAGCAUGAGAUUUGAGAAGGUAUUUGAAAAUGCAAUAGAUCCUGGAGCUGUUGCAGACCUAUUAGAAAGCUUCCUAACCAGGUUUGAAUUAAUACAGCUAGUAAAUCCAGUGUGGGAAGAGUUGGCCUAUUAUGAAGAAAACACACGGGAUUUUCUUUUCCCUGAGCCCAAGCUGAGACCCUUGAACCCUGGAAUACAUAGGGAAGUUCUCAUGAAGACGGCUGUAGGUUUCCCAGGCAUUGCUCCCAAACUAGAAUUUUCUACAAGGACAGCCAUUCGAGAAUGUGUGUUGCUACAGAGAAACAGGUUUCUUGAAGAAACAUAUAAAUCACAAAGGCCUUUAUCAUCAUCAUAUGGACAAAGAGACCCCUUACAUAAUGGAAAGAUGAAGUCAAAGGAGAGAAAUCUUGACCAAUUUCCUAAAGGCACUCAGUCCUGGACACCCUCUCCAUUUCCCACCAGACGUAACUUCCUAGACCAGCAGACUCAUGUGAACUUUGGAAAUAGCUUUAGAUUCCCUGAGGAAACGAAGCCUCCAUUUGUGGUCAGACAUGUGGACAGUACAAAGCCCUUUGGUGAAAGUACUCCAGAGCAUCAUCCAGUAAAGUUUGGAAGAAAAUCUAAAUUGUCAAACUUCCCAUUUCCAGUGAGAAGAGUUUCUUCUCUUGACAGUCUUGCAGACAACAUAAAGGUUAUCAAAGAGCCAGAUGAACGGAUUGUUUUAAGAAGUCAGUCACCAGCACCGUUAGGUUCAAACAAGUCUGGAAGGCCCUCGUCCAGUCACCAGGAGGAUACUGAUUUCCACCGAGAAACUUCCUUUGCCAUCUCCAGAUCUCCCAGCCCUCUGGAUCUUCGAGAAAGGUUCCGUCUUCAUUCUCCAUACACGUGGCAGAAGAUUCAUGAAAAGAUUUGCAGCCUUCUGACAACGCACAGAGCUCACCCAAGGAAAGAUUGCAUCUCUAAUGGAAGUUGUAUCUCUGAAAGACAGAGCUAUGAUCUGAUGAGAUACCCACCGCAUAAACAAAGAUAUUUUUAACUCCCAUCUCAUGGGAAAUUGAAUGGAAACAGAAGGAUGAGGAAGAGCCCACUCAUGGA